AUGUUUCUACAGUAUCUGUAUUGUAAGGAACAAUUUUGUGUACAUUGACUAGUGAAGCCUGUUGGGGGAUUAGUUCUUCUGUUUCUCAGCUGAUGACUGACGACAAGCUUUUGGUCCCUUCCUACCCUGUGAUUCCACAUGGUGAUUUAAGAAUCAAGGAAAAGACAAAAGAAAUAUUUCCUUUCCCUCUAGUCUGUUACGCAAACAGAAUCAAAAGUGAAGUGGAUUAGAAGCUUAGUGCAGCCUUCAGGUAAAGCUUGCCAUUUUAAUCUCCUGCUGACGCCUAUUUAUCUGCAAAACUCUUUCCCAUUUUACCACGUUUCUAUUUUUGCACUGACCUUCCCAUGCUCCUUUUGGGAUCCCAUCACAGGACUCUUUUCUCAUUGGAUGAAGAAGGAUUUAGUGAGUACUUAAAACAUCAGGAGCGUCUUUGAACAGGCUUCUGCAAUUUUAAAACUCAAGAGAGUGAGGGACAUUUUCCCAGGAAGCCUUUUGCCAGCUUCCCCCAAUAGAUGAUAUUCAGCAAGCCUUAGGAAGUUGGCCACUUGCCUUUGUGUUGUAAAGAUUCUGCCUGUUUUCAUUUGAAAGAGGGGAAACUCACAGCAGACCUUGGUUGUUCUUGAGAAGCAGGCCCACCUCUUUUGUUUUAAGAUGGGGAACAUGGAUGGAAAAUCUGUUGAGGAACUAAGUGCCACAGAAUGCCACCAGUGGUACAAGAAGUUCAUGACAGAAUGUCCCUCAGGACAACUAACUUUGCAUGAAUUCAAGCAGUUUUUUGGACUGAAAAACCUGACACCUGCAUCAAAUGAAUAUAUUGAGCAAAUGUUUGAGACAUUUGACUUUAAUAAGGAUGGUUACAUUGACUUCAUGGAGUAUGUAGCUGCUCUAAGCUUGGUUCUGAAGGGGAAAGUGGAACAGAAAUUGAGGUGGUACUUCAAACUCUAUGAUGUGGAUGGAAAUGGAUGCAUUGACAGAGAUGAGUUGCUAAACAUCAUUAAGGCAAUUCGCACCAUUAAUCCAUGCAAUGAAAUCAUGUCAGCUGAGGAAUUCACGAACAUGGUGUUUGAUAAAAUUGAUAUAAAUGGAGAUGGUGAGCUAUCUCUGGAGGAGUUCAUGGAUGGUGUGCAGAAAGAUGAGGUUCUACUUGAGAUUCUCACCCGUAGCCUGGACCUGACACACAUUGUUCGAAUGAUUCAAAAUGACGGGAAGAAUCCUGAUGAAGGAGGGACAGCACAAGCUGCUCAAUAGACCAUUUGUUCUUGUUUUCUAAAUAUUCAUUUUUGUUUUGUUUUUUUUUAAAGAAAGAGAAAUCUAAAUAAAAUGAAAUAAUUAAAAUUAGGGAUACACUUUGGAGGGUGUUUUAAAAUGUCAGGUUAAAGAUAAGCACAGUUUUUAACAGAAGUUUUGCUUCUUGUGAACACUAUGAAUGAUGGCUGUUUCUGACACUUUAUGAAAGUUUCAGUGUUGUCUAAGAAGUAAAUACAACUUUUUGUGCUUCUGCUAGCCGGAAGUAAAUGGAAUAGGGAGGAGAUGCUUGGCUGUCAAGUCUCUCCAAAAACAGUAUUAAUGGGGGAGGUGAGUUUGAGGGAAUUAUUUGAAUGCUACCACAAGAAUCCCUGUGCCAUCAUGGCUGCCUCCGAAUGUUGCUCAUUCUGGUGAGAGGUAUAGAUUAGCCGGUGAAAGGGAAGAUUGUGGUAGGCUGGA